UUUCGGUUGGGCAGCGGGAUGGGGCUCCUUUGAGGGCUGUUGCGUGGAGCGGUUUUGCAGCGUUUUGCGGCGUGUGCAUCUUGCUCGUUGCGUCGAAGGUGGUUUGGAGGAACGUGAGGUCGCAUUUGUCUAGAAAUGUGUUUCGUGUACCUAUACCUUGGGUGGAAGAUGGUCGGUUGGACGAUGGUCGGUUGGACGAUGGUAAGAUCAAGGUAUUCAGUGAUGUGCAUGUGUUUCCAGGGGAUUUGUUAGGGAGACCGCAGUUGCAGAGGGGUGAAUUGAUGAGUAACCUCAAAAAGGCAAAAGCAUCAAGAGAACGGUUUUCCUUCAGAAAUGUAUUUGGUUGCAAUACUGUUGCCAAUGAUGUCUAUGCAAGUAUGAUGGAGUUCGGAAGAAUGGUAACUGGUGUUAACACACUAGAAGAAGGAAGCCUUGGCCGAAGAAAUGCGGGAAAGAAUAGUUUGGUUGUCUUUCCACACCCAGUAGUUGCCAUCGAGGAAGAAAUUUUAGCAAGUUAUGUUAGACAAUCUGUAUAUCAGGAUGAUGUGUCGGAGUUAGACAGUAGUGAAUUACGUGAUAUAAAUCUGUCAAACGAUAUUAUUGAUGAAAGUGUGGAGCAGUUUAUGGAUUUUAAAAAUGUAGCAUCAACCGCAGACAGUAUCGUCAAAAGUCAUUAUAAUUUUGGAGAAAUUGAACAGUCUGAGCCCAGGUAUAAUGAUGAGGGCACAACCGAUGCAAAGAAUAGAACUUCUGUGUUAUAUGCAACAGAAAAAGAAGCACAUAUUUGUUCUGCAGAUGAUAAUAAUGCUGGUCCAAAUGGCGUCGAUACCCUAUCAGCUGAGUUUGAAAGAAAAGAACAAUUUACAGAGAUAGCUAUUAGUAGUAUUCAAGGAUUAAAAUUAUCUGUGCCUUUUAGUAGUGACAAACAGAUGGUUUAUAAAAAGGAUAAUGCUCAACAGAUCAGCAAUAAUGUCGUUCCAGAAACAGCUGAUGAUUUUUCACCUAAUUGCUUAAACAUCACAUCAUCUGAGUUGAAACACAACGGAGCAUACCUGGCCAAUGGUGAAAAUGAUGUCAGUUGCAUGCAAGUUGAAGCACCCACAGCCUUUCCAAGUGAUGCUAAGACUGCUAACUGUGAUGGCUUUGCUCAUUGUGUAAGCAUCAAAAGUAAAGAAGCAUUUGAAAAUCUGGUAAUGACCGAUCUAUCGACUAUGAAAUCGCCCCAGAGAAUCAGGGAAGAGCAUGUGGAUUUGAUGUCAGAUAAUAUGCAAGAACCAUCCAACCACGAUGGCAAACAGAUAAUUUAUGCAAAUGAGAAGGACCAUAAGAUAGACGUCUUACACAAUGAAACAAAGACUAGUUCGGAAACAUAUCCCAUAGAGACACUCGAUAAAGCUAGUAUGUCUUCAUCAUCUUCCCUACAAGAAGAAGCAGUUCAACACAAAAAUGCAGAAGUUUCAAAACCAGAGAGGCAAGAGAAAAUCACUUCCUCCAACAUAGAAGCUAGAGCAUAUCUUAAAAAAGAUAAAGGCGAACUACAGGAAGAAAUGUGCAGCGAUAAGGUACCUGAAAUAAAGCUGCUAGCGGAAGAUGCACCUGGAACUGGUAUUGUGGUCGGUUUAUCAAAUGUUGUACAAAAAACUAAAAGAGUAGCACGCAAACGGCUGAAGAAAGUGCAAAGUAAUCAGGGAGCUGCAGAACAAGAUAUUGUUCACAAUAGCAGCAUGGUUGAUCAGGAAAGCAGUAGCCAGAAUGUUAAAACGACAAGAAGAAAAAAUCAGACAAAAGCAUUUGGCACCCCAGGAUCUCAAACAAGAGAAGAAAUUCCAGAAAUAGCUCUCAUGGCAAGUUUUCCUGAUGAUGCACCAAAAGCUGAAAACACGCAGCCUCUUGGUGAGGAAGGUUCGUCUGCUGGAACACUAUCUUCAAAGGAUAUUUUUAGGGGAUCUCAGUCAAGUAGGUUACGUUCGAUGAGGAAGGAAGAGUUAAAGCUCGACUUUCAAACUUCUGAAAGGGUGGAGGCAACAGCGCCAGAAACUAAAACUAAUAUGCAUGGUUAUAAUGUCGUGCGUGAGAGAUCAACUGAUGUUAACAAAUUAAAGCCAAAGAUGGGUGUAGCUGCUGCCAAGAAAUCCACAAAAAGAAAGUCAUUAAUGACGCGUACCAAGUCGAGUAAUCCAGUGUCAAAUAGAGACUCAGAGGAACCCACUGGUGACUGAUGUGCCAGGAGAUUUAUCAAGGGUUUCAAGUAAAUUCCUCUUCGUCUCCUUCAUGCAUAGGCAUUAAGGCAGUUUCUGGAGAGUUGCACCCAGUUAAUGUACAACAAAUUUCCUGGCGAGGAAUAGUGGCAAUAUUUGCACUGCAGGCAUCAGCUGAACAUAACUUCUCUCGUAGAUCUGAGCAACGGGUUCAUCUUUCUUGUUGCUGAAAGGGUGUUGAGCUAACCAGGCUGUAUGGAAGAGCUUGAUCUGACAGCAGCUCUUCAAGAUCUUCAGGGGUGUACUUCAUGAGCUUUGGAGCCUUGUUUUUGUUGUUCUCAAGGUUAAAUAUUUGCAGCGUUGGUAGUCUAGAAAAGAUUGGGAUUUUGUUGCUCUUUACAUGUAAACAAUGCAUGACAGAUUCCCAAGAAAUGUUGAUAAACCAUGAGAUGUUGUCCU